UUUAACUUUCUGUUUCUUUUUCGGUUCUCGACGCUCGAGAAGAACCAAGAGGACUGUGUAGAACUAGGCGUUAGCAUACAUUUCUCGUCCUGAUUUUGAACGUGUACCACUAAUAUAUAAAAUUCGGUCAUUUAUACAGUACAAUCAUGAUUAAACACAUUGGAACAUUUCGUUACAGGCGUACUAAUGCCCAACCUUUGACUGUUUAGCUGUUAGCUCGUGUAGCUCCGUGAUAUUUCUCUUCCUGGUUUGAACAGUGCCGUUGGAAGCUGGAGCGAACAAGUUCUCCGCAGGUUAGCUUAGCUAGUGCCUACCCACCAAUGAUUCUUGUGCGAAUAAGCUAAGGAAUACUGGAAUGUUCUUUAGGACAGCGAUGUAAUAUCUUUAUUUUUGUUUCGCAGGAGUCAGUAUUACCGGGUACACCUUUCGCUGAAGGGCAAUGUCGUAACGUAAACGAUCAUCUAAAUAAUUGCCUAGCUAGGUUAAUAUCAAGAGGACAGUCAAACACCAAUGCCUCGCCUUCAUGGAGAAUGACACUACUCUCUCAAAAGAAGGUCUUCUUGAACCUGUGCUUCCAGGCUCAGUAACCUUUGACAACAGUAUUUUGGCUCCUCUCCAGAACAGCUAUUUGUAUGAGGAGUCCAAAGAGUGCUUUACCUAUAAUUCAGCAUAUUUGGUCAAUAAUGCAGCUUUACAAAGAAGGUAUUCAGCCUUUCGUGCUGAGAAACAAGAAUAUGGCUACUCCGAAGAGGAACUGGAAGAAUCAUUUGGCUUCUUGUUAUUUGCUGAUGAGUCUGAGGCAAAUAAACUUGCGGACACAGGCUUAUUAGUUGGGCAAGGGAUGUGCACCACGCUUGGAGAUUCUUCAAAGGGUGUGUAUAUCUCAAAGUAUUCUGACUGCCUUGAUCUGAAACGCUGGUAUGAUGGCAAGACAGGCUAUAUUGUCCUCUUGAAGCUGAUAAAGGGUCGAGUCAAAGAGGUGACAGAAAACUACACCCAGAACUUUACAACUCCAUCUGCUGGCUUUGACUGUCAUGUGUCAGAGCAGCUCCGGGCAGUGUGUGCCAGUACCAGCUCUUUCCUGGCUUUCGAGCGCACUCAGUAUUAUAUAUAUGAGCUGCUGGAAGGAAGUGGUAACACUGAGUCAUGCCCAAGACAUGUGUGUCCAUUUGCUAUUGUGGCCUUCUCCUAUGGGAAGACUACCAUUUCAUUAGAGUUAAAGGAGAAAAGCCAAGAGAAAACAUUAUUUCAUUACCAACCCUGGAGUGGUCAGCUCAAGAUUGAGUCCAUUGUCUACGAUGUAGGGUUGAAAUCCAUUCACGGAGCCAUGUUCCCUGCAAAUCUUCCAAAGACAGUUAAAGUAGACCAUACUAUUGGAGUCUCUGAACUGAGGAAGACAUUGCCUGAAGCGAUUUUUGAAACUUCUCUUGUUGGUGAAGCCUCUCUCGAAGGCAGGUGUUUCAGCUUGUACGAUGUCGUCUCCUGUGAGGUGAAAAGUGAUCUGUCUCUUUUAACUCAUGAGUUAAAGGAGAAAGACAUGGCCCUUGUUAUAUAUUUAGAUGACAGUGGUUUCCUGGUAGUGUUACAUUCAUCUCAUUUCCUUUCCUAUGAAGGUGCAGCAACCGAUAAAGCCUCUGCUCUUCAAGGAAUGUUUAUUUUUCCAGAUUCCAGAACUGUGCCAAGAGAGACCAAGAUUGGACACAGCGAGUCUAAGGUGUCAGCAGAGGUUCUUCAGGUUCUCCCAGCCCUGAACUAUGCUGAAUCAGAAAUGGAGAAGUGUCCUCCAAAUCAGCAGGGGGAGCCUCUCAGCAUAGUGGAGAAGCAUCUGCAGAACUUUGCCACUCUUUUUUUUCCAGGACUGUCAAGCAUCCCUGCUAGGGAGGCUAGUAUGUUUCCUGACCAGUAUGACGUACCUGAUGGUUUCCCACUGAUUGCCCCAAAAUGGACAGAGGAGGCUGGGGCACGCUUAAACACUUACAUGAAAAAUCCAUGCAGCUUUCAACUUUCAAUAGAAAGGACACUGGAGCUGCUUACUGCUGGAAAACAGCAGCGCAGUGACGAGCAUGACGAUGACGUCUAUUACUACAUAUCGUCCCCUGAGGAGGCCCCUCAGACACCUUCUGGCAUGGUUUCAGAGAGGGAUGUGGCGGCUGAAUCUGAUCAUAUAAUUGGCAGUAAUACUUUAUCACAUGAAUUAAAAAAUGCCAGAGAGCAGCAAACAGAAAGGCAAAAGAAUGUAACUGCUGAACUCUCCAAGGACAUUGGUACACCCAGUGCAGCUGGGGUUGCAAUGACUGAGAGUACAGAUAUCUCACCUAAGUCAUGUGACUUGCCUACAGAACCUUGUGUUAAUACUGCUGCAGACAGUGAAAAAACAUUGCACAGUAACACAGCUAAUGAUGAAUGCAGUGCAGGUUCAAGGGAUGUCUCACAAGAACCACCCAUUCAGUCCACGGGUGUAGCAUUAUUAUCAUUAACAGUAAAUGGAAAUGAUGCCUCGGGUAUGGCAGCUAUGCCCACCCAGCAUCUUCAGACAGCCACUGACGUUGACCUUUGCAAGAAAGUAAAUUGCAUGCUGGAUGUUCCUCACAAAGUUGGGGAACAGAUGCCUGAUGUGAGUAAAGAGGUUGCAAAGGAAGCUGGCCUUACAAUACCUGUUUCACUCCCUGUCACAUCAGUGAACCAGAUGGACACAUUAACUACAGGUUGUGUAGAAGUACACCCACAGGUGGACAGUGAUGUUCCUCCUGAGAGGACGCUUAAUUUAAAACUCUUACCACGACGCCGUGGCAGAAGGAAAAAGAGGGGUUUAAAACGAAAUCCUAACAAAGUCCGGCAAACACCGGUGUCCGUUCAAAACACUAAUUCACCCUCUUGCUCAUCAGUAGAAGCAUCCAUUGAACAGAGUAGUAAUAGUGAGACAGUGCUUUCUUCACCUAGUAGUCAGCCACGACAAAAAGACUGGCGUUCAUUACCAAGACGCAAGAGGCAUUGGAAAGCUGAUAUCAGUAUGAAGCGGAUAUUGAGGUCAGAUGUUAAGGCCAGUGAAACAAAGUCCUUGGUGGAGAACAUUAGUGACAUUACAGAGCUUGCAGGAUACAUGACCAGCACACCAAAAAGAAAGAUGGAUGGAUGUAGCAUGAGAGAACGAUAUGGGCUUAAAACAAUAAUUACAGAUUGUGGAAGGAUCUUUGUCCCCCAUGGCUCAGAUGCUGCACCAGGAGAUGUAAAAUUACCAAAAGACACCAAAGAUGAUCAGGACUUUUCUCUUGAAAGAGCAAAUAGUCCUUCUAAGGAGAAGCUAAGUAAGCCCACUUCACCAUUAACACAUGCUAAAUCUCCCCCAUUAGAAAUGGAAAAGAAAGGUCAGCAUAUGCCACUUACUCACAUACAAAACAUUCCUGUGAUCACAUCUUCUAAAGCACAGUCCUCCCAACAAGCAACUGUUCAAGCAGAGAAAGAUGACACAUCCCAUAACAAUUCUGAUCAGUCACUGGAUUCUGACUUACAACCAACCUCUACUGAAAAAUGCAAAGGCAAAAUAAAAGACCACGUGUACAGAGCAAUAUCUAUAAGCAAAUUAAAGACAGUGCUUAAAAGAGCAAAGAUGACUAAAUCUCCUAGCCCAGGGGAUCAUGGAAAAUCAGAUAAUGGAGAACCUGAAGUGAAAAAAACAAAACCAAAUAUUGAUGUGGACUUGACAUCAACAAGUGGAAAAUCAAGUCCUCAUAAAGAUAUGAACAACAAACACAGUGUGUCACAGGAUAAUUCAGAAUCUGCUGGGAACCAAGAGCCACUAGAAAAUACACUAUCUAAGCAAACCCUUGUGUCUUGGAGAGAACUCAAGACCUCAUCCUCCCAAGCAAAGCUGAUGUCAAAAAACACAAAAGAAAAUGGAUGCAUCACUUUAGACAAACCUCCCCCUUUUGCUGUAGUUAAACAAGCUGACCAUCAGCUCAUAUCUACCAUUACUGGGGAUAGGGCAGAAGGAAAAAAUAUUAGCUCUGAUGGCAAAACCUGUAAAGAGGGUCUGGCCACUGGUGGAUCUCCACCUUCAGAUGCUCUUAAUCUCCUGGCUGACUUGGCACUCAGUGCAAAUAGUGACAAAACAGCUAACCUGGGAGAAAAACCCAGACAGGAUACCCAUGUUGGAGUCAAGACUAGUAACUCGCCGGAGUCGGUCCUUCAUGCUUUGUUGCAAAAUCCUACAACCAGAUUAAAAUUACCUCCCACGUCCCCUUACCAAAUGGGUCUUGAGGUAGCUGGGGAUUUGAUGUUGGAUAUAUCAGAAGAGCACUCAUACUCACAGCCCACCUCUUUGCUGUCAGGUUUGUCAAGAGCAUGCUCCCAGGUUCCCCCUCCAGUUGGAUGUGUUGAGUCUCUUCUGUCCCUGAACCCUGGGCUUCUGAAGUUACCUGAUCAGACUAGUGGUCUAGCCAAUCAAGAGAAAGGAGGCAAAAAUGGAUGGAAAUACCUGACAUCUUUAAGUAUGCCACCCUCCUCUGGCCUCAAGAGGUCUAAAUUUCUCCGCCACAGACGCAUAUUUGAAAAGGAGGGCUCAAUUCAAGUAACAAGAUUUUGGAGAGAAAUCUAUGAUUUUAAAUUUGACAGCAAAUUCACAAAUGUGAAGCUAGACAAAACUGUGACAAGGGCACUACAUGGCAAAUGGGAUUUCGGCAUUCAAGACAACUAUGAGCAGGUCCAUCUUAUCUUCCAUAUGUGGAUAGGCCUUUUCUACAGCAAGUCCACUUCCAGGUUCUUUCAUUUUGACCAGAACUGUCCACCUCUAGAUCUAAAUCCGUCACAAAGUAUUGGUCCAGUUCAGCCUGCAGUGCCACUUCCUGAUGUUGGUUUGGGCUCAAGUGAGGACAGAACUACUUCUGUGCAGCCUGGUCCAGAUAUUCUGGACCUUUCACUGAAGGCAUCUGGGCCUGUGAGUCAUUGCACCAUGUCACAAGGAAGCAGUGAGGAGGAUCAACCAAGCAGCAAAAGAUCAAGACCUGAGCACACCUCAGAAAGCAAAGGGCCAGAAGUUAGGGCUAAUUCAAACCUUUCUCUUACGGAUUCCAUUGUGGAUGACUUGGAUGGAAAUUCUGUGCCUAACAAUGACGAUUACAGUGACAUAGAGAAUGACAGCACCACUGAAACCUCUUACACAAAACUCCUGGAGAACAACAAUGCAUACAGUAAUUUGUGUGAACAGACAUUAAGUAUGCACAUAGAUGAACAGAAAUCAUUGAAAGCUCAGAAGAAUGAACCUGUUUUCAAGAAUCAGGGAAUUUCAGAGGCUUUGAGGAUAAAAAGUGCAGGGAAGAUGGCCUCUGGAACAUUGAAUAGCCUUGAUACAAAAGCUCUUGCUGUAUUCCAUCAGGUUGUUGGGCCUGCCAGGCCCAAGAUGCACACUAAGAUGCCUGACCAAGUUCAUGGACGUAAAAUCAUCCUUAAGUCACUGAGCUUUAAGGACAAAGGUGGAGCUCGAACACCUACAUCAGUGAUCAGUGAGUGUGUGUCCAAAGAUGAAGAGCAUGAAGCAGCGCUCAGUGGGAAAAGCAGAGGCAUUGCACCAGUGCACUGUCGUAAUAACAAAGAUGAGUGUGCAUUUCAAAACCUGGUAGGACACAGUUCUGCUAGUUCUGUGGCUGUGCAUGGUGGAAAUGAUGCUACAAAACUGAAAGUGAAAUCUUUGCUUAAUACCAGCAAUGACAUACCUAUGAAUGUGCAUAAUGAUAAUAAUAAGACAACAGACAAAAUUAAAGAUGCACAAGCUGACACAACUGGGAAAAUACAUGAUGAUAAAACAAAGAAGCAAGUUAGACCCAUGCCUGAUAUCAGACAUGAGAUGUCUCUGCUUGAUACCAGAGAUGACAUGUCAGUCAACAAAGUGAAAGAUAAGACACCUCAGACUGCAUGUCAAGUGAAUGUUGCAAAAGCUGAAGUUAAACCUAAGCAUGAUAUCAGAAAUUACACACCUGUACAUACACAGGAUGUGAAUGAUGCAAAGGAUAGAAUUACAACUAUGCAUAGUGUCAGAGAUGACACUCCUGCAGAUGUACAGGAUGUAAAUAAAUCUAUAGAAGAUGGAGUUAAAGCUGUUCAUAAUGUCCAAGAUGACACUCCUGCAGAUGUACAGGAUGUAAAUGAAUCUAUAGAAGAUGGAGUUAAAGCUGUUCAUAAUGUCCAAGAUGACACACCUGCAGAUGUACAGGAUGUAAAUGAUACAAAGGAUGAAGUUACACCUGUGCAUAGUGUCAGAGAUGACAGAAUGGUAGAUGUACAGGAUGUAAAUGAAUCUGCAAAUGUUGGAGUUAAAGCUGCUCAUAAUGUCCAAGAUCACACACCUGCAGAUGUACAGGAUAUAAAUGAUGCUGCAAAGAAUGAAGUUACACCUGUGCAUACUGUCAGACAUGACAAACUGGUAAAUGUACAGGAUGUAAAUGAAUCUACAAAAGAUGGAGUUACACCUGUUCAUAGUGUCCAAGAUCACACACCUGCAGAUGUACAGGAUGUAAAUGAUACAAAGGAUGAAGUUACACCUGUGCAUAGUGUCAGAGAUGACAGAAUGGUAGAUGUACAGGAUGUAAAUGAAUCUGCAAAUGUUGGAGUUAAAGCUGCUGAUAAUGUCCAAGAUCACACACCUGCAGAUGUACAGGAUAUAAAUGAUGCUGCAAAGAAUGAAGUUACACCUGUGCAUACUGUCAGACAUGACAAACUGGUAAAUGUACAGGAUGUAAAUGAAUCUACAAAAGAUGGAGUUACACCUGUUCAUAGUGUCCUAGGUGACACACCUAUAGAUGUACAGAAUACAAAUGAUGCUGCAAAGGAUGAAGUUACACCUGUGCAUGGAGUCAGAGAUGACAAGCCAGUAGAUGUACAGGAUGUAAAUGAAUCUAUAGAAGGUGGAGUUAAAGCUGUUCAUAAUGUCCAAGAUGACACGCCUGCAGAUGUACAGGAUGUAAAUGAUACAAAGGAUGAAAUUACACCUGUGCAUAGUGUCAGAGAUGACAAGCCAGAAGAUGUACAAGAUGUAAAUGAAUCUGCAAAAGAUGGAGUUACACCUGUUCAUAGUGUCCAAGAUGACACACCUAUAGAUGUAAAGGAUAUAAAUGUUGCCGCAAAGGACAGAAUUACUCCUGUCCAGAGAGAAAAUGAUGACACACCUAUAGAUGUACAGGAUGUAAAUUAUGCAAAAGAAGGGGAUACACCUGUGCAGAGCGUCAUUGAUGACACACCUAUAGAUGUACAGUAUGUAAAUGAUUCAGAGGAAAGAGUUACACCUGCGCAUAGUGUCAGAGAUGAUGCAACUGUUCAAGAUGUGAAUGAUGAAACAAAGAAAGCUAAACCUAAGUCUGAUGCCAGAGAAUCUGUGAGUGAACAUCCAGAUGUUGAUCAGACAGAAGGAAUGGUAGUUGAUGAAGUGCAAAUAUCAAGUGACAUAACAGAGCAUAUGGUGGAAAGAGAUGAGAAUAAAACACGUGAAGAAGAAUUUCUUUGUAAUAAUACGAACCUUGAAACAGUUUCAGAAAAGCAAAAAGAUAGUGAUGAUGAGCCACAUGUAUCUGCUCUGGAACAAGAUUUUACAGAUAGUGUACAUGUGGAAAUCUGUGAUGAGAAAACUUUAGAAGAGAUGCAUGUAGAUGUUUCUGGGGGUGAAACCCCUGUUGAACAGAUAAGUUCUAUGAAAGAGGAUAAUGUUUUAAAGCGGCAUGAGGGUGAAGUAGCAACAGAGAUUUCUGUGGUAAAGAAUGAUAGAAAGCAAACCAGAGAUUAUGCUCAACCAGAGAUUGCAGAGUAUUUUUCUGCAGAUGAUGUGAGCUCAAAAGCUCAUUGUUUUUUGUUGAAGGAAGGUGAUCGUUCACCUGCUGUUAGUGACAUGUGCAUUCUAACAGAAAAUGAUAAAAGCACCGUGCUUCAUCCCUCUUCUGUGGUUCAAAACGAGACUCCUGAAAUCAAUCAACGUGAACUUAAAGAAACACAUGUUGAUGUUUCAUCCUGCACUGCAGUCAUAAACCAGGAAAGUGGCACUGACCAAAAACACUUGGCCCCCACAAUUUGUGAAACUUUUGCAGAUGAAGUUCCUGGGAUGUCAUCAGGAGACAGUCAGAAUGUGUCAACACCAUCUAUCCAAAUAAAUUCCGAGCUUGGGAUGACCAGCAGAAGCUCUACCCCUACUCAGGACGAACUGCCAUACACCCAAGAGGUGUGUGAGAACAUAAGGAUUCAGCAAGUUGGGCAUUUGCAAGACAAUCACACUUCUGAGCAAGUUCCUCACUCUGUAACCAGGAGCCCUACCAUUGCAGGGUCAGCUCUUAAUAGCUCAAUUAUAGAGAGACACAUUUCUAGCUCUCCUUGUUACAAAGUACAAUCUUUUCCUCAGGGUCCUGAUUGGUCCUCAUAUGAAGCCACGGGUGAUCUCACUGAUGAAAGUAGAUCAUUAACUCAAAAACCUGUACCCAAACAAAAUUUGCGUAAUUUGGUUCAUGAAACCAUUUCUUCACGAGAACUUUCUUCCAAGGAAAAUCAGUCCCAAAAGUACCAAUAUGGGCAUUUUUCUGAGCAAUAUAAGGAACUGUCACCAGAACUGUCUUCAUGGGCACAUGGUUCUAGCUUCAAAACAGAUAGACCAAGUAGACUCAGGGAACCUUAUGCAUGUGAUCAGGAUUCAGAGGGUUUUCCUACACAUUUCAGUAUUUCUGAUAACAGAGAAUUUGCAUAUAUGCCAAAAGACACUACAGAGAGUGAAUCACAUAUCCCUGACUGGGUACACCAGAUUCACUAUGCAGAUUCCAAAUACACUGUGCAUGAGUCAAAUGAAAGAGCGUUUCCUUAUAAACAUCGAUCAGAUUUAAGCUUGUCUGAAUCUAACGAGGAAUCGGAGAGCCAAGGGAUGGGCAGUAUUCGUUACAGUAGAAAGAAAUCCAAGAGGACCUUCUGUCAAGAUGAGUGGAAUGAAGAAGACUUUGAUGGCAUUAUUGAUUACAGCAUUAAAAAGACCUUUUCUUGUGGUGUAGAACGAACAAAAAUAUUAAAGACACACACAUUUAGCCCAUAUCAAUGUAGACGAGAAAGCAGACAGAUAUUCGACUGGCGCAGGUAUUUCAGAAGAGAGGGAGUGUUCAAAUUAAGUGAAGGGAAUGAUAGAUUUGUCCAUAAUCCACCUUCUUCUAUUGUCACUGUGUUUGACAAGAAAGGUAACAGAGUCAUAUUUGAAAACCCUUCCACUUUAAAGCGAUCAAUAGGUGCACAUGGUGUGAGUGUUAAAGACUCUUUUCAUACCUGGGAAGAUCAACGAUCAAAAUCUAACAUUACCCAGUCUUUAAUGGAACUUGAAUAUCUUAUCUUCUCAGAGAAGAUGAAUCAGAUGCUCAAAAAUUGCAAGGCUACCUCCAAACCUAAGUCACAACACAGACAUAAUGUAAACUCAGUUGAAAAUCUUAUGACCAUUCGAUUUUCAAGACUUGAGGAAGAGGAUACAACUGCAUUUGAUGAGACAUGGCCAACUCUUCCUAAGUUUAAGAUAAACGUGGACAUGUCUGAAAGGAAAGGCAUGAGGAAGAUAAUAAAUUAUGGAAAACCCUUGCAUCUCCAAAGCCUUUUCUGUGAAAGAGGCACCAUGGCAGCUUGCUCCAGGAUAUCAGACAUUACAAAAGAUUGUGCAAAAUCCUACAACAGCAUGAUGAAUGAUGUCUGUGCUGGCAAAACUAUCCCUCAUCAGAAUAACAAGAGCAAAAGGAAAUGGGAUAUUGAGAGUACUGCCUGCAUCAAACAGUCUGCAUUUUGUGGACGCAUCAAAAAAGACAUGUUUGAUAAUCUGCAUGAUAAUUUGAACUCCAUUGUGAGGCAAGCAUGCAAGAUUAAGUACAAGUUCUACAUCUUAGUGACAUCAUCAGACAGCUUUUUUGAGGAAACCAAGGAACUACUGGAGGCAGAGGGACACGCUGCAGUUGAGCCUUAUCAGUUUGAAAUAGAUGAAAGUGGGCAAACACCUCUUCUAAUUUUACUUAGAAAUGAGGAUAUUGCAGAACACAUAUGUGAGGUUCCACAUUUGCUUGAGUUAAAAAAGUCAUCCAGAGUUCUCUUUGCGGGCAUUGACCGGCCAGAUGACGUUGUCAACCUCACACAUCAGGAAGUUUUUGCCAGGGGAGGCUUCGUGGUCUUUGAUGAAGCUGCUUUGGAUGCGCUGAGUUUGGAAAACAUGAAAAAGGUUGUGGGUGUUAUGGAGGAACUGGAUAAAAAAGGGAAAUGGAAAUGGUUUCUGCACUAUAGAGACAGCCGCAAACUUCGGGAAAACGUGAGGUGCAGUCCUGAUGCACAGAAGAGGAAGCAUUUCGUUGACUGCUGCCAGGAAGCUGGGAUAGUGGAGGUUUUGCCCUAUCACGAGUGCGAUGUCAUUUCCCGCGGCAGACCAGACUACCUUCGCUGCCUAGUUCAUCUCCAGAUUCAAAACGUAUCUGCCCGGUUCCCUGUUUUUAUUACAGACACACCAGCUGACUCUUUUGGGAAAAACGGAAUUUUAACUAUGAAUAUUUACGCAUUCUCACGGAUUCUUUCAAAUGACAGUUGUUUGGUUUCAUAAAUUACUAGCUAAGAAAAUUAUUUUUGGCAUUGAGGUCUUUUGUUGUAGUUUUUUUUUUUUUUAGUUUUUUUUUUGUUGUUUUUUUUAAAGAACUUGACCAUUUGCCUUUGUUGAGAGCCCUCUUGUCAUAGUCAAGCUGUAUUUCCACUGUACGUAGUUAUUUAUACUGUUGUAAGAAAUGUAGGCUUUUGUAAAGUUAAGGCUUAUGUAACAUGUUUAUAUGUUUCAAUUUUAAAUACUGUACAAAUAAUUAGUAAUAUUUUAGUGUAUUUCUUUUUCCACAUUGUUUUAUAAAUAAUACUGACCAUUUGGAAUUUUAAUAAAAAUGGCUAUGUCUGGUUGUUUUCUGAUAGUUGUCUUACUAAUGUUAAUAAUACAGUAAUCUUUAUGGAUAACGGGUGCCAGUUUGACGUGGCAACACUACCAGACUACUCAUUUGAACGUUUUAGCUUGUCAAACAGCGCUCUCCAUAGGUUAAAGAAAGCUGUGUGUGCAGGACCGAUAUGUUAGGAAACGGCUUAAUGUUUAGCUUUGUAUCACUUUGGGCCUUAAACUUCAGCCUAUGUGGUUUUUUACGAAAAAAUUGUUUUAGGUCUAUGUAAUUAAUUCCUCAGACGAUGUGAGCACUGUGUAGGCUACAUAUAUUGUAAGAUGGACAGACGUGCCUCACCUGCAAAAUGUUUAAUCUUUUGCCACUACACUGUUACAGGUCAUAAUAAUGUAUUUAAAGUUAUAGUAUCUGUAAGUACAUAAAUAAAAUAUUCUUAGUUUUGCCUUGAGUUUCACUAAAGGAUAUGUUAAGAUAUGUUACUGAACAGGAAAGCCAAAACAUAAAGUAGUAUUGGAGAUAA